ACUUCUCCUUCAGUAUUUCUUUCUAAUACACUCCAUUCUCUUUAAAGAGCUCCAAGUGUAGACUAUUGCUGAUUUAAACAUCGGAGUGUCUACCCCGAGGGCCACCCUCGGGGCUUUGUAGGUUUAUUGAACGAGAAGAUCUGAGCAAGGAAGGCCUUGAAGGUUUUCUGCAACAACAUUGGUGCUGUAUGUGGGAAUCGAAUAAAAAACUUUAUUUCUAUGUUGUUCUGAUUGAUUGGAGGGUGGAAAAGACGAGUGAAGGCCUCAUGGCCUAUUCACUUGAGUUGCAAAAGCAGAUCUGAUGAAUUUACACUUGAUUUGUAGAAGCAAAUGUGAUGAAAGGGGUCUAUUCGCCUGCGAAGAAGAAAAGCUUUCACAAGAGAACAAACGAAGGAGUAGCUUUGCACAACUAUCGAGGCAUAGUACAAUGUCAGCCAUGAGUGUUCAAGAAGCAAAAAAAUGUCGGCAAAACACAAGCUUAAGCAGAGUAGCCCAGCUCGGCAGCAACCAAACGGUCCAGCUCAGCAGCAACAAAGCAGUCCAGCUCGGCAGCGGCAAAGCUCAAAGCAAUGCACCAGCUCGGUAGAAGCAAGGUAGUCCAACACCAUUUAGCCUUUCUCAGCAAACCAACUGCUUAAUUUCACUGCACAAACAACUGUUUUUCCAGCGUCCACUACUUUCACUCCCUUCAUUCUUGUCUCCAUUACUCCAUAUUUUCUAAGAUUACAUCAUUUUCGAAUAAAAUCUCUUUCAUUUUCUACAACCAUCUGCACAAGUU